AUGGCAACGUCCCGGCGCACCCAGGCCCUCCCUCGCCGUCUCCUCCCUCCCUCAUGGUCCGGGAGCCCAAGCCGAGCCCGAUACCGCCAACUGGUCAAUCCUGGAGCCCGACCCGAGCCCGCCAACUGGCGAGUCCUGGAGCCCGAGCCCGAGCCCUCCACGGGCCCCGCCCAUCGAGCCCUGCCAACUGGCAAGUUCUGGAGCCCGACCCCCAGUCGCCCCGAGUCCCGCCAACUGGCCAGUUCCUCCCCGGCCUGGGAACCUAGCCGGGUCCCGGCUGACGCACAGCUACCCUCGCCGACCGGGGACCCAUGGACCCGCGCCAACUGGCGAGUACCCGACCCCGCCAACUGGCCAGGCCGAGUGAUUGGAGUCCUCUUCCGCAGUUUCACCUCGGUCCUCCUUCGCAGGUUCCACCUCUGGACUCCUCCACCGACCACCAGGGGUCCACGGAGCCCCGUCAACUGGCCAGCACCGCGGCCCGAGCCCGAGCCCGGCGCAGGCGCAGCCUGGCCCUGGCCCCGACCCCGCGGCGGCCCUCACCGCCGCGGCAACUGUGGACUUUGUCCUGGCCGCCCGCGCGCCUGCCCAAGCCAUCGUCGCCAACUGGCGGGUCACGCGCCCCGGAAG